AUGGACACUUUCAGCAACUCCCCAGCUAUUCCAACCGUGGAUAUAAGUGCAUUCCUCCACCCAAGCUCUACAGAAGAGGAACGAAAGAAUGUCGUCAAGCGUGUCAGUAAUGCUUGUCACACAUACGGAUUCUUCAACCUCAUUGGGCAUGGCAUUCCCAAAUGUGACUUAGAAGAGGCUUUUGAGAUUAACAAGAUGUUUUUCGCCUUGCCUGAAGAAAAGAAGAUGGAGGUUUGGAUCAACAAGUCUUUUGGUCGUUCCUUCAGAGGCUACGAACCUCCUGGAAUCCAAACUCAUCAAGAGGGCCUACUUCCUGAUAGUAAGGAGACUUUCAUGGUCGGGCGAGAAGUCUCGACAGAUGACCCUGACUGUGGUAGCUUCUCGACCGGCCCAAACCUAUGGCCCUCCAGUCUGCCAAAGGAUAAAUUUCAGGAUCGUAUCAUGGCUUAUCAGGGUAAGAUGCUUGCGCUAGUCAGCAAAAUGUUAGAUAUUCUUGCUCUGGGACUUCCCACAGAAUGGGGCUGCCCGCCAGAUGUGUUCGAUUCAUUACUGGAUAAGCCAUCGAUCCCAAUGAGGUUCCUGCAUUACGGGCCAGUGCCAACCAAAGACGACCGUCAGUUUGGAGUCGCUGACCACACUGACUUCGGAUGCGUAUCUAUUAUCCUCCAGGAACCUGAAACCACAGGUCUGGAGGUUUACUACCCACCAGCUGAGGCUUGGGUCUCCGUUCCUGUGGUUGAGGAUGCGUUCGUGGUCAACAUGGGCGAUAUGAUGCAAAAGUACACGAGCGGCUACUACCGCAGCGCACGGCACCGUGUCCAGACCAAUCGAGACAAGCACCGCCAUAGCGUGGCAUUUUUCCUCAAUGGUAACCUGAAAUUGAAAGCCAAGGCUUUGGAUGGAUCAGGGGUCGAGACGGUUGUUGGUGAACACAUCUCUGGUCGACUUAUUGAGACUAUGGGCGCCACUGGCAAGUUGCUUCAGCGAGAGGCUGUUACUGCCUAG